AUGAAGGUGACGAUUGUAGACUGCAAGAGACAUGAGCACUCAGCUGGGGAAACGUUGGUGUUUAAACUAAACGAAGUCGACAAUUCAUUUGCCAACGGACUCCGACGCGUGCUUCUGGCAGAGGUUCCAGUACUCGGAGUGGAAUCUGUGACCAUAAUUCAAAACACAUCGGUCCUUCCUGAUGAAAUGAUUGCGCACCGAAUCGGCCUUGUGCCCCUUUACUCUAAGAGGGCAAAACAGAUGCAGUUUUUUCACGACUGCCUGUGCGGUGGGACUGGUUGUAUUGAAUGUCAAAUAACAGGAGAGUUGAAGGUUCGUUGCCCUUCAAACCAACACAGUUUGCAAGUUUUCGCAGAUUCUCUUAAAAUUGACGACGAAGGGGUUUACCCCGUGAGUUCAGAGGAACGUGGUGUUUGGUUGUUAACGUUGGGUCGCUCGCAGGAAAUUAACCUCCGCGUGCUAAUCCGAAAAAGUAUUGCCAAAACACACGCCAAGUUUAUGCCAGUUUCUACGGUUUCGAUGCGCUACGAACCGGAGGUGAUAUUGAAUAAAGAUGUGAUUUCUAGUCUUGACCCUGAACAACUUCGGCAGUGGAUGCGGUCUUGUGUCCAUCGUCCACAUUCCAUUGCUGAGAGUAAUGGAGAAGGGCACACGGGCCACAUUGACGUCAAUAAGUUAUGCGAGGAGUGUUUGUUGAAGGAACCGUCAGUUGUCUCCUUCACUGAGCCACUUGUCUUCGCGCGUCCCAAGAAAGAUGCACGUGGGCAUUAUAACUUUACAUUCACAGUGGAGACUACUGGCGUCCUUCCUGUACUUCAGUUAAUAAGAGAUGCGGUUGAUGUGCUGCGUCGUAAACUCCAGCGCGUGCACGAAUGUCUCACUGAGAGGGUUGUUCCCGGAGAUUUAGUGGAAACCCGACCUAUUGGUGAUGCACCAACUGCACCCGUUGUGGUGAAUGAAGACAUUAUGGACACCAAAGGCGCGGAGGACGAUCUCAAGUUCGUGAUGAAUUGA